AUGGCUUCUACAAAGUCUAGAUCCAGCGCCCCUGUUCUGCCUCUCACCUGCUUAACCCUUCACCGCUCCCAAUCCCCCAACCGCCAUUUCUACUCUUCCUCCUCUCCUUCUUUCAAUUUGCAUACUUCUUUGUCCCCUAAACGUUGCCGUUCUUCACCUGUGAAAUUCGAUUUGGCGAGAUCCGCUUCGCCAAAGAGAAAUCUUCACGCCCGUUCCCCUGUCCGUGUGGUUUCGCCCAAAGCCGGGCAGAGAAGGCCUGUUCCGUCCGCUCCAGCGAGGAAGAUGUGCCUGUGUUCGCCUAGCAAUCAUACAGGUGCGUUUCGUUGCAAUCUUCAUAGAAAUUGUCCUUCCUCCGCCUCUCCAAAUUCUCAGCUACACAUGCGAAGAUCGGCCAUGAAGAACUCGCUGGUAAGAAUCGGCAGUGUGGAAGGAGGACAAUGGAUGAAGAAAGCACUCUCUGCGCUCAUCCGCCCUUCCUCACACCAAAUCCGAAGGAGAACGUCUUUCCGCCCGCAACCUAGCAGGCUCCGCCAUGUGACCAGAGCGGAAGACGUGGCUUUCUCUUAA